CUUUUCCACGUGGAUAUAUGACAAUGCGGAAAUUGAUUACUUUAUUCAAAACACCCAAAUUAAUGCAUGGAAUCGGAUAUUGGUAUUGGAAUGGAUCCGUGAGAAUUAUUUCAGAGAUUGGUUGCUACAGAACCAUUUUUCGCGCUAAAAGAAAGAGGGAAGAAUUAUUGGAUAGUAUCAACAUAUCAGUGAAAAAAAUCUCUCUUAAUGAGGUAAUUUAA